AUGAGGAAAACAUAUGGUUCCCCAAUUGUUAAAGGGACGGCUAUUCGCAAAGCAGACAAGAGAGCUCCCAAAAAAAAAGUCCGUUUUGCUGCUACUGUCGAGACCAGGAUCUUUCUACCCUUUAAUAAAGAGACUUCCAUUGGAAUCAUCCAGAGAGCCUGGUUAACCUACAUGGACAGGAUGCUGUUCCGACUGCUAAAGCACACCAUUUGCGCAGCGGAAUAUCAUGUGACACAUGAAAUACUGAAGCAAGUGAGCCCCUUGGAGGCUAAACUUGUUAAAGAUCCAAGCAUGAAGUGCAAAGUCAGAUUCAGAUUUAGUGGCGAAAAAUUUCCACCUUUCAUCGUGUUUAAAAUUUUUCUUCAUACUGAAGGCCAUGGAUACCAAUAUCUUAGUGGGAAAAAUAUGCUAAAGCCAUGCAGUGAGGGAGUAAGUGAUGCUUGCAAAAUGAUGGGAAUAAGAAAAUUCUAUGAACAACUUCUGGAAGAUGAACGUCGCUUCCAGAAAUUCAAAGUAACUGAAAAGGUUGAUAUUAUUACCAUGAGGGAUUAUAUACAGUAUUCCAGCCUCCUGGAUGAAACCCCCGCAUCUUCUGGUGGCAAAAACAACUAUUGGCGAAAAUUAAACCUUGAAAAUAUCCCCAGAACAAUGAUGAUAUAUGACAUAGUCGAAUACGCACAAACUAAAGUCAUCUCAGACCGUCUACAAAAAGAAAUGAAGUAUCUGACACAGAGACCACAAACAGAAGAAAUGCGCCAGCACCAGCUACAGAUUGUUUCUGAAAUUAGAUAUCCUACAUCCAUUGUGAAUAUCCGAUCUUCUUAUCGACCCUCCUACCAUCCAGGCCAGUGUAAACAUCUGGGACGUCGGUCCAAGCAAGCUCAACUGAAAGUUAAAAAAAUGAAGAAAGUUUACAAGGCGGCUAAAGAAAAACCUACUCCUGAGGAACUGAAAACAGAAAAACCAACUAAAAAACCACAAGAAACGAUCAUCUUCUCCACACCAACUUUUGACAUUGUGGAGGUUCAAGAAUCUCUAUCAGAUAUCGAUUUGGAGAAAGAAGAAAAGGAAUUAUUCACCUGGUGUGAAUGCUUGGGCAUUGAUAAAUCUGCAUCAUAUUAA